CUUCGUCGUCGAAAAAAAAAUCAUGUGUUUUCAAUUCAAUCCAAUUCUCAUCUUGCUGUGCGAUACUGGUACUUCUUGGAAGACGGGCAGCGCCGACAAUUCGAGAAACCAUGCCGGAUGCGGAUGCGGAUACGCCGGGUGCCCCACGGGCCGUUCGGUGCAACCCCCGGCAAGAACCAGGGGUGCCUCGAGCCCGGUGCACGAUUCCGGCGAGACGCCACCGAGCCACGCCACCGGGGCCGCAAUGGAUCUCCCGCCGCCUCGGGUGGGCCGUCCUGGCGGUCCUCGCUCCCCUCUGCGCCUCCGGCUUUGCGGCAAGCCGUUCUUCCCUGCUUUGGCACGCCGGUCCCGGUGGAAGCACACCCCGGUGGCGGCGGGAACCAACCGGCACCGUUCGUCGUUCGGCCCCGGGGGGCAGCGACUGCGGAGACGGCGGCAGCGACACAAAGCUUCCGGAGCACCUGGUCGUGGCCUCCUCGCUCUCCUAUCUGUCCUCGGCCGAAGGCAAGAUGCAGGCCUCUCCCCUCUUUUCGGGKGCGGCGGAAGCGGGAACACCGCUGGAGCCGCUGGUGCAGGUCGUCGACCCCGACAGCGAGUCGGGCGCCACCGUCUUUCGCUCCGGAAUCGGCGGAGGCAGCGGGGCGGCAACAGCGACGACCCUCGUGGUGGCCUUCCGGGGGAGCGCCACACCCGUCAACUUCUCGACCAACCUCCGCUUCGGCCUCGUCCCCCUGCGCGGGGAGGACGGCUUUGCCACGCCCGGGGCAAGCGGGAGCGAUCCGUCCUUUCGGGUCCACGAGGGCUUUCGGGACGCCUCCCGAGGGCUGUGGGAGCUGCUGGAGCCCGAGCUCGACGCCCUGCUCCGCAGGGAGGAGGAGGAAACGGGGAAGGGCGUCCGCCUGUGGUUUACCGGGCACUCGCUCGGUUCCGCCACGGCGCAGCUGUGCGCCGCAAAGCACCAGAGCCGCCGGCUGCUGUGCAGCAGCGACAGCGACAGCGGCAACGAAAGAACCAACCCCCUGGCGGGGGUCCUCACCUUUGGCGGCCCGCGCCUCGUCAACCGCGCCCUGGCCAACCACUGGAACGCUUGCCUCUUUGGGGCGGAAGGGGAUCCUUCUUCUUCCGUCGUGGUGACGAACUACGUCCACCACCGGGACCCCAUCCUGAGGCAGAACGGACCCCUCUGGGAUUCCCUGGGCUUUGGGAUCCUGGGAACCGAGGUCCUCUGCGAGCACGACCGGCCCGUGGCAUACGAAAGCAGAGACGCGGGAUCCUCCGCCAGCGGCGGGGCGGGCCUCCCGCUGGCCUGGAACAUUCUCGACCACUGCCGGUACCUGGGAGUCUUUGUGGGGCCGCGGCUCUUUGGGUAGCGCGAGAAGACCGCCGCCGCGGGCGCCGAAACGAAGAGCAGGACHGUUCUACUAACUCGUAGUGCUACUGGUGUGGUCUGCUGCACCCAACCAUUUUUUUUCGCGAAGGUCUGCGACUGCUUCAAACCC